AUGCCCCUUGGAGGUGGUUAUGAAGGAGGAAAAACCUGCCGAGAAAGACCAACCACUGGAGACGUUUCUAAUCAUUGUACAAACUCACAACUUGUCUCAACAACGGCACUCUGUGUUAAUACAGAGAAGACAGGAGCAGUAUGCCAUUGCAUUAGUGGUUUUGCUGGCAGUUCUUGUCAGCAUGAUCGUAGAGGCUGUGCCUCACUUCCAUGUCAAAAUGGUGGCGUAUGCAACGAAACAAGCAAUUCAACCAUUUUAUGUCGCUGUCGCACAGCUUACUCUGGGAAAUUCUGUGAGACUAGAAUUCGUCACUGCUCAUCAAAUCCGUGUAGAAAUAACGGAAGCUGCAUAGAAGAUAAUGGAGGAUUCAAAUGUUAUUGUGGCCUGAAUUACACAGGGGCCACCUGUAAUGUAAAUCUGAGGAUGUGUGAUUCGUCUCCCUGUCUUAAUAAUGGGAGUUGCUUGUUUGUCAAUGGAGUUUGUGACAAUCAGUGUAUCAGACGUAACUGCGUUAAUCAGAGCAAUUGCUUUCAGAAUGGUAGCAAUAUUUUAUGCAACUGCCACGGAACUGGUUACUAUGGUAAGCGAUGUGAUUUGGAUGUAAAUGAAUGCCUUUUAUCGCCGUGUCAGCAUGGAGGUAAAUGUCAUAAUUCUCCAGGUGCCUUUUUGUGUGAUUGCAGUAAGACAGGAUACAAAGGAAAUCGCUGCCAGAGUGAUAUUAAUGAAUGCACUAAUGGCCCUUGUAGCAAUGGUGGUGUUUGUGUGAAUUCUGCUGGGUCUUACUACUGCAAUUGCUCUGGUACCGGUUACCAUGGAAAUAGCUGUACAGUUGAUGUCGAUGAAUGCAAGCAAAGGCCUUGUUUUCAUAAUUCAAGUUGUCUAAACACAAAAGGAUCCUUCGUUUGUAAGUGCAAUAAUACCGGUUUUACGGGAAGGUUGUGUGAACAAAAUAUAAACGAAUGUACUGGUGUUCCUUGCAAAAAUAAUGGAACUUGCAAAGAUUCUUUUGGAUCAUUUUCCUGUGACUGUAAUGAUACUGGGCAUUCUGGUAGACUUUGUGAAAAUAACGUGAAUGAAUGCAUUUCAAGUCCAUGCAAAAAUAAUGGAAAAUGUAUUGACACAGUUGGGUCUUUUCUCUGCAAUUGUAAUGGUACAGGCUUUUCGGGAAAUCUCUGUGACAAGAGAAUCUUGUAUUGUCGUGAGAAACCUUGUAAAAACAAUGGCACUUGCGUUAACAUGAAAGACGCAUUUUUCUGUAAUUGCAACAAUACUGGCUACAUUGGACAGACAUGUGAACUGGACUUUGAUGAGUGCAUAAGUCGACCUUGUUUGAAUAACGGAACAUGCCGCAAUAGUCCAGGAUCCUUCACUUGUGAUUGUUUGGGUACUGGCUACAUUGGUCAGUUCUGUGAGAACGACGUCAACGAGUGUCUGGGAAACAUUUGUAAAAACAACGCCACAUGUACGAAUACUGAAGGUGGCUACGUGUGUAACUGCAGAAAAGGCUUUAAUGGGAAACAAUGCAGUGAUGAUGUAGAUGAAUGCUUGCUUGUGCCUUGUCUUCACGGUGGAAAGUGUCGUAAUACUGUUGGCUCUUACUCCUGCGAUUGCAGUGGAACAGGCUACAGAGGUGUUAAUUGCGGAAUAGACAUCGAUGAAUGCCAAGCGAGGAUUUGUAGAAAUAACGGCAGAUGUAAGAACCUUCAAGGUUCUUUUCAAUGCGACUGCUCAAACACAGGUUAUAAUGGAACGUCAUGUGAGAAUGAUAUUAAUGAGUGCAGUUUAUUACCUGCCGUGUGCCAGCAUAGUUCAACUUGUAUCAAUAGUAUUGGUAACUUUUCUUGUAUUUGUGGUAGCACGGGCUAUCAUGGCAGAUAUUGCCAGGCAGAUAUCGAUGAAUGUGUGAAUAACAGGACUUUAUGUCGACCGGGUAUAUGCACAAAUACCCCUGGUUCAUUUGUUUGUAAUUGUAGCAACACUGGAUUUUAUGGUCGUUAUUGUGAGAAUGCCAUUCGAAAUUGUGAAAACAAACCUUGUAAAAACAAUGCAACAUGUAUCACAACAUUGAAUGGGUUCAAAUGCAAAUGUCCAGGAGGGUUCAUGGGAAGUCAGUGUCAAACCGAGAUAGAUGAGUGCGUACUAGAGAGGCCAUGUAAACAUGGUGGCUUAUGCAGCAACACUUACGGAUCGUAUGUUUGUGACUGUAAAAGUACAGGAUAUAGUGGAAGAAACUGCACGGUUGAUAUCAAUGAAUGUCUUAAUUUAAAAUGCCAGAAUAAUGCUUCAUGUCUGAACACCUUAGGCAGUUACAAAUGCACUUGCAUGCGUGGAUACACUGGCAUGCAAUGUGAAACCAAAAUGAGCAGCUGUUCAAGUGAACCAUGCUUCAACAAGGGCAACUGUCUUGAGCAACGUGCAGGUGGAUUCAUAUGCGAUUGCAAAGGGACUGGCUACAUGGGCCCUGACUGCAGUUCUGACAUUGACGAGUGUCUCAACGCAUCACAUUUGUGCAGCAAUAAUGCAGUUUGCGUGAAUUAUGCUGGUGGGUACAAUUGUACCUGCCGUAACGGAUACAGAGGUAGAUUUUGCAAUGAGACGACUGGCCCUUCUGUUGCCGGAAAAUCAGAAAAUUACGUCAUUGAGAUCUCGGUGUCUAUUGCAGCUGUCGUCUUUUUUGCUGUCAUUAUUAUUAUAGCUGCUGUCUUCUUGAGAAAUAAUAGUGGCAAGGUAAAAGGGACUUAUAAUCCCAAUGUCCUUGAAAUGCAGUUUGCUGCACCCUAUGAUUACUUGGAACAAGAUCCAGAGGAAAAGCUUAUUUGAGCUCUGCUUCAUUCGACAAAAAUGGGAAUUCUGGCGUUCCUAGAUAGGAGAAUUCAUUUCCAGGGGCUCCGUCUUUUAAGAAGAGCACAUUUCGACAUUUUGGUCAAUCGAUUUCUCACUGGCUGUCUUAAAUAUCAAAUUGAUGACGCAGGCCUUAAAUACGCUGGAUAUCUUGUUAUCUUCAAGCCUCCUCCAUAAUAGGGCCUAUAGAAACACGUAUUUCAUUUGCAGACAGAUAUGGAAACAUCUUAUUACAAUUCAUGUGUACUCUCGAGUACGGAAUAAGUGGGCCAAGACGCCUUUUGCAUUUUGAGGAUAAGUCCACCAGAAUAUUGUUGUUCCAGCCACGGUAAAGUUCGAAACCAUUCUCUGAAGGAUCUUCGAAACCGUUCCUUUUUAUUCUUAAUGUGUACUUAAGUUCUAAUUACGACUGUUUUUUACUUAACGACAUUCAUGCAAAACUACUGGUCAUAAGGGGGAACACCACAAGUUUUUAAAAUCCCAGCCAGCCCUAUUAUUGCUUUCCAACCGAACCCUUUCCUAAAGGUAACCGAACCCGUUCAUUUUACACCAAGAAAUCUCAGAGCGGUUUCCUAUUCGGAAAUUUGCCUGUGAAGAAGUGCUGGCACAGAAAUGUUAGCGAGAUGUACAUGAUCAAAAAAUAAUAAUAAAGGCAUAUUUAUCGCGCCAUAUUUCCCCAGGGCUUAUAGGCGCUUAACAAUAUAAAAUUUACAUAAAAAUGAUUAACAUAAAAAUUUAGACUAAAGAGUAUAAUUUACAUUGGUUGAUAAAAUAUUCAUGAUCCUAUGCGCUUAACAAAUAACAAUUAUUGACAUUAAUAUAAAUUAACCUACAGAAUAUAAUUUAUAUUUGAAGUUGCUUAACUAUAUUUGUGUGGCAGGCAUGAAUGAGGUCGAGCCUCUCCGAUCUUGGUUUUUUUUAUACAAUGUUAUAGAAUAAAUGUGAUUGUAUGGUGGUGAAACAAUACUUUGCUUCAUAAAGCGAAACUAUCAACGCAAUUUGAAAAAUAAUCCUGAGGUCUCGAUGGUUUUAGAUUAUUUGCAACAGAUGAUGCAACAAUUUUUCUCAAUAAAGAUCUCUUUAUAUCAGAACCGAACUACUAAAACAUCAUCAAAUUAGCUUACUGCCAACAUGAACUUAAAUUAGCUUAAGAAUACAGUCACCGAUUGCCACUUUUCUGAUUGAGGGUGACAUGCAAUUUUUCAAUUCGAUAUUGAAAUUUUGUUGAUAUAAAGGAAAACUUCUACCAGAGUUAUUUCGAUGACUGAAACCUUCCUUCGGUUAUGGUGGCAGUCUUUGCAUAAGUAUUAAUAUAUUUUGUAUUAUAAAGUUUUUCCCUUUUUAGAUUGCAUUUUGCAUUGAAAUGAGACUCUGCUCUACAAUUCGACCGCCGUAAUUUCAUUUUUUAUCACAAACCGACCGUUUUCAUGCAAGUCCUUUCUACAGAAAGGGAAUGUGAUACGACGUUUAUCUUCGUAUUCAUUUUGUAACAUAGUUAAGUUAUGAUAAGGAACUUGUAAAUUUGUGUAAAUUUGUGAUAUUAUGAUUUAAAUGGAAGAUAAAAUUUCUAAUCCAAAAUUUUUGGAUUGAAAGAAUAUCGAGAUACUGUAAAUGCCCGAUUAAGUGCCUAGUACUGGAACAAGCUACCAAUUUGAAUAAGCGCCCGUCCUAACUGCUUGAAAUUAAAAGAGAACCCAGAGCGCUUAGUUGGCUAUUUACGGUAACUAUUUUUGUACAGUGAUGAUUUAAAUUUUUAUAAGAUGCUUAUAUUUAUUUAGAUGUAAAAUAAUUACCAUCAACUUAGAAAUAUUGAAUUCCUUGAGAAUUUGCUAUUUUUUAAUUUUUAUGAAAAGAGACAACAAAAAAGUUGCAGUUUCAAUUUUUCAGUUUCUCUGCCUUUCAAAAGCAUCACGUCUACGUAUAUUUGUUAUUGAAUGGCAUAUUGCCUAUUUCAUUGUGUUGAAUUUUACCAUUGUCGUUUACUUAUUUGAUGAUGCACCUCUUGGAUGGUUAUGCAUACUUUGGACUAGCCUGUGUCCAAGACCCCUAACCAGGGGCGUCGUGGCUGGGGGGCAGGGGGACGUGGCCCCCUUUGCUCUCAAAAUUUAAUGGAUUUUCGGAAAAAUCAUUGUUUUGUCGGAAAAUUCUCAAACUUGGGCUGUGGAUAAUUCUCAAACUCUUAGCAAUAUAUAUUACCUGGACUAAAGUACUUACCGUGAAUUCGAGGGGCAAUUCACUUUUGUAAAGAAAAUACUAGAUUUCCACAAAACAAAACGACUUCUCAGGAUUUACCGAUUCCUACCAUAGAGUGAUUUGCUGUUCAGAUUUGGUCAGUUAAAAUCCGAAAUUUCAAAGGCCAAAUUUGGUUAUGGAAAUUGGUCAAAAUUGGCAUAAAUUAAAUUUUUUUUUGACAUUGAAGACCGGGACAAUACCAAUUUUGUGCGUAUCACCAGAUUUUUGGAAAUUGGGUCCCAGAUUUGAAAAUUUAUGCAGUUAUGUUGCGUUAAGGUAAAGCAAGGAAGAAGUCAAUCAAAACCAUCGCUUUCCCCCAGUGCAUGUUGAAUUUGAGAAUAAGAUUUUAUUAUUAAAAUUUGCUUCACAUAAUGCGAUUUCCGACAAAUUUUUUAGUAUAAGAUCAUAAAAAAUGUUCCCCUUUGGCGGCAACCAUGGUGUAACUUUAUUCUACCCUUGUCCUAAUCUACGGAUGUCAGGAGCGUUCACUGUAAGUAUGAAGAAACAAAGUCAAGAUAAAAAGUGUAUUUUAAAUUUCUUUCCAGCUAAGGCAAAAGUUUUGAAUAAAUCAAAUAUUUGAAUAAAUUUCAA